UUAUGGCAAGAGCCCUGUAUGAUAAUGUCCCUGAAUGCGCAGAAGAGUUGGCCUUCCGCAAAGGAGACAUCUUGACAGUGAUAGAACAGAACACCAAAGGUCUUGAAGGAUGGUGGCUCUGCUCCUUACACGGCCGGCAAGGCAUCGUUCCAGGCAACCGUGUGAAACUCCUGAUAGGUCCAGUGGUACACGACAAUCCCUCUGGCCAGGAUAUGUCCAAUUCAGGACUGAUGCAUCAAUCCUUCAACCAGCAAAAGAUCUACCAAGUGCCAAGCUCUCAUGCCUCAGCACGGGACCCUGUCUACCAAGUGCCACCUUCCCAUCUGAAUCAGGGAAUUUACCAAAUACCCACUGGUCACGGUCUGGUGGGACAAGAUAUUUACCAGGUGCCACCCUCCAUGCAGAGAUGUAUUGACGGCCCAGCUUUGAUUAACAAGGUAAUAACUCCCGUCAGGUCAGGACAAGGUUAUGUUUAUGAAUUCCCUUCCAAAUACCAGAAGGACAUCUACGAUAUCCCCCCCGUUCGCCCUCUCCAAGGGAUAUAUGACAUUCCCCCCACAUCGGUUAAGGGGCCUGUACUUCCAGUUCCCAUGGGAGAAGCAAAAGCUUUAGGAGUCUAUGACAUACCACCCGCCAAAGGGGUCUAUGCUACACCUCCAUCUGCAUGCGGAGAUGAUACAGGCCUGAGGGAAAAUUUGCAAGAUUUUUCGUCUCCAGUGGGUCACAGCAUAAGACCAGAAGGAGUAUAUGAUAUUCCUCCUCCCAUCACCAAAGCAACUGGGAAAGAACUUAAUAAAUUUUCUCCUGAGAGCCUUUUAUUGCUGGAUGGAGUGCCACAGAAACAGAAUGUUUAUGACAUCCCUAUUAACCAUCAAAACCAUUUCCUUGGACAGCAAAUUGCACCCCAAAAAGAUGUUUAUGAUACCCCAAGGGGAAUUGCAUUCCCAGGACAACAGACAGGAUUCAGUGAAAGUCUCAUCCCAGAAGGAAGAGAAGGAGUAUAUGAUGUACCACCACCAGUCCUCCAAGACACUAAAGGCUUACAGGAUGUGACUGAUGGGAUAAAUAGGUUGUCUUUCUCCAGCACAGGAAGCACAAGGAGUAACAUGUCCACAUCUUCAACAACGUCAAAAGACUCUUCUUUCUCAGCAUCAACGGCACAGGACAAAAGACUAAUCCUUGAUCCAGACACUGCUAUAGAGAGGCUUUAUCGCCUCCAGCAGAUGGUGGAGACAGCUGUCAAUAACCUCAUGGCCUUCAUUACAGCAGACUGGCGGUCUUAUGGAUAUAUGGAGAAACACAUCAAUGAAAUUCACACUGCUGUGGAUAAGGUGGAGCAGUCGCUGCUGGAGUACCUCCACUUUGCAAAAGGAUCAGCAGCCAAUGCUUCCUGCCUGUCCGAGUUCAGCCUCCUUAACAAAAUGAGGAGGGAGGUGCAAAGGCUGGAGGACUCUCACCAGAUCCUUACCCAAACCAGUCACGACUUGAACAGCUACAACUGGUCUUUGAAUGUUCUAGCUGUCAACAGACUGCAGAACAAGUGUGAUGACCUGGAUCGGUUUGUUAUGGUGGCAAGGACAGUCCCGGACGAUGCCAAGCAACUGACCACUACCAUCAGUGUCAACGCAGAGGUGCUCUUCCAGCAGGUAUUGAGCAGCUCACGUUUCAAAAACAACAUACCAGAGAAUAUCAUGAACGCUGCUGACUAUGUAUAUGACAAUCCUCAUAUGCAGCGUCACGGAGAAAAAGCACAGAACCACUGCAAUCCCCUUCCUCCACUCCUGAGUAAAGGUCAACACCCUCACACCACCACCAGCGAGAGCUCAGAAAAGAGCUGGAUGGAUGACUACGAUUAUGUUCACCUGCAGGGGAAAGAAGAGUUUGAAAGGCAACAGAAGGAGCUGCUGGAAAAAGAAAAUAUCAUCAAGCAGAGCAAAAUGGAGCUAGAGCACCAUCAGAUCAAUCAGUUUCAACGCCUGGAGCAAGAGAUCACAAAGCCGGUAGAGAACGACAUCUCAAAAUGGAAGCCGCCUCAAGCUCUCCAGACGGCAAACAGCACUGCCACCUCCCAUGACAGCCAGCUGCUUUUAUUCUAUUCUGACCAAUGCGAGACUCACUUCAACUCCCUCCUAAACGCCAUCGAUGCCUUUUUCAGUUGCGUCAACGCUUCCCAACCCCCCCGGAUCUUCGUGGCUCACAGCAAAUUUGUCAUUUUGAGUGCUCACAAACUUGUGUUCAUCGGGGACAUGCUCACGAGGCAAGUGACGACUCAGGACAUACGCAACAGAGUGAUGAACUCCAGCAACCAGUUGUGCGAACUGCUGAAGAGCAUUGUUCUGGCUACCAAGAUGGCUGCCUUGCAUUACCCCAGCAUCGCCGCCCUACAGAAGAUGGUGGACCGAGUAACAGAGCUGUCUCAUCACGCACAGUUGUUCAGACUCUCACUGGUCCAAAUGGUGCCCUCAUGA